AUGGCGGUCGGGGUCCACGUGCCCCUCCGUUUCUUACGAGCAGCGCUCAAGCGUGGAGUCGCAAUCCUCAAAGAGCACCUCCCCGCGCAACCCCACACCACCUCAAAACUCGUCCUCGAACCCGCCCUCGCUCGCCUCCCGCACCCCCAACCCGCGCGCACAAAGAUCAGCAAGCGCUACUACAGCACCUCUAAACCCUACAAUGCAUCCACCCGCCCGUCCCACCUCCGCACCCCCGUCCGCCGCGGCCUAGUCAAUCACACCGCCACCACCCCCUUCGCCUCGACCCUGCGCCCCAAGCUCGUCGGCGGCGUCCUCCCCCGCUCAGCAAGCGGCUACUCCCUCGGCGGCUCCGCACGCUACUUCUCACACACCCCCGCGGCCCCCGCACAGGUCCUCCAACAGGUCUCCGCCGCCAUGCGCGCCUUCGUCUACAACAGCGCCAACAAGCGCCCCAACAGCAACACCAAUGGCAAAAUCGGCGUCCGUGCCCGCCUCGCCAGCGCAGUCAUGGAGAACGCGCCUGGCGCAUACGUCGACUUCCACCUCGCGCCCACCUUCACCCGUCUCUCCCCGCUGAACAGCGCCGGGAACAGCCUCCAGGCCGCCGGGUUUGUCGACACUCUUGGUGCUGACUUUGGUGCCAUGGUCGGUGGGAUCACGGCCGUGUAUGCGGAUGUGCAGAGGCUUGCACAGCUCGGGGAUUUGCCCGUGACUGUUGCGGGCCCCGCUGGAGACGUGUUGAGGGUGCAUUUUAAGGGGUGUGAUAGGGAGUUUGUGGAGCUGAUAUGCAACGACUUUGGCGUCUCGAGGGGCGUGGUGCAUGAGGAUGAGAGGUUUGCCUUUUCGCCCGUUGAGGCGUAUCCGAUUGGCAACAGCUGGAGGGAUAUGAUGAGUGAUGACCCGCCGGAGGAGUCGGCGUACUCGGAGGAUGGGUAUGAUGAUGAUCAUGAUAUCGGGUUGAUAUCGGGCAGUGAGAGCGGCGGGGGGAGCGAGUACUUCUAUGAGCUGGAGAGAGGCGUCGUCGUGGGUACGCCCGAUGCGUCGGCGUUUGAGGAUGGGGGCAGCUCAGGGUACGAUGAGUAUGAAGCGGGAAUCUUGCGAUUCCUGGCGGAGCAUGAUGAAUAUAGGAGCGUGAGCUUGUAG